AUGUCUUGGAGUGAUAUAUUCUACCCUGAAAAUCCUGAAAAAAGGGAGAAGAUUAUCCGCAGAAGUCAAGAGCUUAUUGAUCUGAUGAAAGACAACUUCGAAGCCACCAACAGUCUCAUUGAGAUUGUAAAUAAGCACCUGCAUUCAUCCUUCAGCCCGAUCACCCUGGACGAGAAAGCCACUCUCCAGGAGAACUGUGACGUGAUGAUUGAACGUGUGAAGCAGAUCCAAGCAAAAGUCGAGGAGGCUGACGAGGAGCUGAAGAAGAAGCUGGACCCUGCCUUGUAUGAGAAACUACAACAUAUGUCUCUCAAAGACUUAAAAUAUGUUUCAGCUGCUGUUAAAUCUGCUAUUUCAUCAGUUUGCCAGCUUCCAGCCUUAGCUUUAGUGAUGCAUCUAAAGAAAAUUAUGACAAUUCUGAUAGGCAUAACAUGCACAUGUGCUAUAUAUUCAGUAGGAAUAUUUGCCGCCGUUUUAUUUGGGUUGGCAGUUAAUGCGAUUUUUUCAGCAAUUGUAGGGCAUAUUGAGCAAGGUAAACUCAACACGGCCCUGGAAGAGUACGAGAAGGCUUUGGCAGAAUUCAGGCCAGCAUCUAAAGAAUACCAGAAGGCCAUAAACGAAAUCGGGUUUAUGCUUGAAUUCUUGAAGGAGUGA